AGGGAGAGGCCUACUUAGUACGCAUACACCGGCCUCGGAGAUUGCAGCGCUCCGGUCUUUGGUACACAAAUUGAGAAGCACAGGCUUCAAGACGGUCACGCUGCGUUAUAUAGGAAGGGGCUUGGAGUGCGCAGACCUGUCUAUAAGACCGUGCUAUAGACCGAAAUCAUUGAUGAUGGCUAAAUGUCGGGACAUUUGCGCUCCAAACGAAAACUUCUCCAACUAAUAACAUAACCUGCAAGGAAACGUCAAAAGUGUCAGUGCGUUCCUUCCAAGUACCUACGAGAGUUUGUUAUUCAAACUUUUAAGUUGUGUAUUCGUAUGAAUCGCGUAUAAAUGAAUCCAACGAACGCAGCCAGUAAAAAGAUACGGCAGCUUUCUGAGGAUGAAAAAAUUCACAUUAAAGAAGCUUUUGAUUUGUUGGAUACUGAUAAGGAUGGGUUCAUUGAUUAUUACGAGAUGAAGGCUGCCACUCGAGCCCUGGGCUUGGAAGCUAAAAAAGCACAAAUUUUGUCAAUUAUGCGAACUUACGAUCCGCCACAUGGGAAUAAAAUUGGCUAUGAAGAUUUCUACUACAUAAUUGACGAAGCUGAGUUUAUGGAGAUCAUGACCAAAUCCGAAAAUUGGGCUUAAAGUAGGAAUUGGCUCGCGUAGAAGCAAUUGUUGUUUCGCUUUCAACUCAUAUUUAUCUUGUUAAAACAAUUUUUUUUAA